UCUGUACCACCCGCGGUUCCGAUAAGCUCUGGGUCCAGAUCAGCUGCGCCAACUGAUCUAACAUGGACUUUGCACCGAGCACUCUCGUCAUCGGGGGCAGCCGGAUCCAGCGUGUCUAAAAGCAGAGCGGUCAGUGGAGCGGCCGCAUAUUGGACAUGGUGGGGAGGAGACGCGCCGGAGCCCGGGGGAACGGAGGCAAGCAGGGGCAGCGCGGCCAGGCCGCACCGCGCAGGACCCUGAUGGAACCAGCUGCCUUUGCCUCAGAAACGAGUCAAGAGAGGCACAGCCCCUAUCAGAGAAUGAGCCUGGCACAGGCCCGCCGUGGCACCUCUGACAGGCCAGCACGGGUCUAUGCUGAUGGUAUCUUUGACCUCUUCCACUCUGGCCACGCCCGCGCCCUGAUGCAGGCCAAGAACCUGUUCCCCAACUGCUAUCUGAUCGUCGGAGUGUGCAGCGACAAGCUCACGCACAAGUACAAGGGCUUCACGGUGAUGACUGAGGAGGAACGCUACGAGGCUCUCAGGCACUGCCGAUACGUGGAUGAGGUGGUUCAGGAUGCACCCUGGAGCCUCACACCUGAAUUCUUGGAGAAGCACAAGAUUGACUUCGUAACGCAUGAUGACAUCCCAUAUGCAUGUGCGGGAUCACAUGAUGUCUACAAACACAUCAAGGAAGCCGGCAUGUUUGUGGCCACGCAGAGGACAGAAGGCAUUUCUACGUCUGACAUCAUUACCCGCAUCGUCCGGGACUAUGACGUCUACGCCAGACGCAACCUGCAGAGAGGGUACUCUGCGAAGGAGCUCAACGUCAGCUACAUCAACGAGAAGAAGUACCGUCUACAGAACCAAGUGGACAAGAUGAAGAAGAAGGUGAAGACAGUGGAGGAAAAGUCCAAACACUUUGUGUAUAAGGUUGAGGAGAAGAGCCACGACCUCAUCCUAAAGUGGGAAGAAAAAUCCCGGGAAUUCAUCGGGAACUUUCUGCAGCUGUUUGGGCCUGAUGGGGCCUGGAAGCAGAUGUUCCAGGAGCACCGUGGGCGGAUGCUUCAGGCUCUGUCCCCCUACCACUCUCCCAGUGUGUCCCCCAGCAGCAGUCCCAGCAGAAGACGCUCCCAGUCGCGCUCGCCCUCACCCCCUUCCCGACGGACCCUGUUCCCCCCAAAAGAUGCCUCUUCCAGCAGCAUGAGUGAGGAAGAUGACGAUGACAACAACACCAUGACACCACCAUGACACCCCAGCUAUCCAGGCCUCAGGAAGCAAUCAUAAGAAAGGUAGCAGACACCCAUGAGCCUGAGGCUGCAGGAAAGCAGCAAACUCAAAACAUGCAUACCUGACAGAAUGUGUCAUAAUCUGGGAGCAUGUUCCAGUCUGUUCUGUGUGCUGUACAAAUGUGAACUUCAGGACAGCAGACUGAGACUCAAGUCAGAGCCUUUCACAUUGUAUUUCUUGUAUGGAUAAAAAUCACUUAAUGUGUAAAUAAAGUUGUGUUAAAGGCGA